UGUGUGUGUGUGUGUGUGGUUAACAACUCUUCCUUGUUCUGCUCUUAUCGCUGCCUUCACUCUGACUUUUUCCUCCCAGCUCCUCCAUGUUAAACCCCGGUCAUGUUAACUAGUCUUGUUAAGCAGUUUCCAGCCUGAGGCUCAGACUGCUGGUUAGCUGUAGUUAACCAACAUUAACUCGUCGCUGAGUUAGCUGUGGCUCAGUGGUUCUCCUGGCUCUAACAGAAUGUUUGCAUCCUGCUGUAACUGGCUCUGCAUGGACUCGGCUGAUGUGGAUCCGUCAGGCGGAACCGACAGAAGACAUCAUUCCUACACCAACUCGGCCUUCAGCUCCCAGCCGUCUCCGCCUGAGCCUGCGUGUAAGGCCUGCGGCGGCUCCUUUGACGCACCUGCCAGGAAGCAUGUGUGUGUGGACUGUAAGAAGGACUACUGCAGCGGUUGCUCCGCCCAGCAGGGGCUGCGGCCCCGCCUCUGUCACACCUGUCAGCGUUUCUAUGGGAACCUGCUGCAGCGGGCGGAGCUGAUGAAGCUGAAGGUGAAGGAGCUGAGGGACUACCUGCACCUGCACGAGGUGUCCACUCACCUGUGCAGAGAGAAGGAGGAGCUGGUGGAGCUGGUCCUGAGUCAGCAGUCAUCACCUUCCAGCAGCUCCGCCCCUGACACCCCCAUCGUUGAGCCCUCCGCAGUGACCUCUGACCCGACAACUCGGAUCUCCAUCUCUGACUCGGCUUCUGACACAUCGAGCCCUGCUCCGCCCACUCCUGAGCCUGAAGCCCCACCCACAACCACAGAGACUCCGCCCUCGGACGCUGAACUAGAGGAUGACGACCCAGCCUGGGACCCGGAAGAGGCCCCUGUCUCUGGCCGCAGGGCAUCGCUGUCUGACCUGAAGAGUGUCGACAACAUCGAGGAGCUCAGCGUCCGGCAGCUGAAAGAGAUCCUGGCCCGCAACUUCGUGGACUACAAAGGCUGCUGUGAGAAGUGGGAGUUGAUGGAGAGGGUGACCCGGCUGUACCAAGACCAGCAGAACUUGCUUGCAGCCAACACUGUGAACGCUGCAGGUGAGUGUGUUUCUGUCGGUUGGAUCAAACUGUCCCAUGGGUCCCUUUCUGACGGUGUCCUCGCCCUCCCGCAGGUGGCGGCGGCGGAUCGGCGCCGGGCCCGGAGGAGAACCUCUGUAAGAUCUGCAUGGACUCUCCCAUCGACUGCGUCCUGCUGGAGUGCGGUCACAUGGUCACCUGCACCAAGUGUGGGAAGAGGAUGAGCGAGUGUCCGAUCUGUCGGCAGUACGUCAUUCGAGCCGUGCACGUCUUCCGGUCCUGAAGUUAGCCAAGCCCGGUACUCAAGAACCAGCCUUAAUUUCCUCUUCCUGCAGAACUGACUGCCUUUAGAGCAAAAAAUCAGAACCAGAACCUCCUGAAGAGACUUGAUGAUUUCAUCCUCUUUCCUUUGCUGUGAUUGAUGCGUUGGUACGACUGUGUUACACUGUGAGAUUGGACCAUCAAACUGUGGAAACACUGAUGGACCCGGACCCGUUUGCAGGUCCUGAAACGAAACCAGAGAACAAACAGAACAGGAAUCCUGCAGCUGCUCAGGCUCAACGUUUUGCCUUAACCUGAAUACAGACUGUUUGUCUGCAGCGUUCAGGUCGUGUUGUUCAGGUCAACUGUGGUUCCUUCAGGGUCAGAACACCUUUGUUUUUAUGUUUAUGGGUUCAUUCUUCCUUUAAAGUGCCUUUCCGGAACCGUUUCUGCAUUCCAGGUUUACCUGCUGCUAGUAAAACCCAGACAACGGGUCUGAGGUUGGGGAACAGUUCAGCUGGGUCGGGUUCGGUAUGUUUUGGUAUCUUGAAGGGGGGGGUUCUGUUUGAGCCUGGUUAGAUCACCGUGGUAACAGAGGCUAUAGCACUUAUUACUGUCCGGACCUCAGAAAUACAUCAGAACAAGCAGCUCCAUGAGGAAAGGUCUCCCACCGACGCACCAGAGAUGUUAGUGAAACCACUGCUGUUUGGAGCUCCAUGUCUCCUACUUCCCAGAAGUUUAAAUGGGUCAGAAACUUUGACUUCACCUGAACGAAUCAGCAUUUUGAUCUGUUUUCCACUUUUUCCACAAUCACAGUUUAAGUUUGAGGUUUUUUUUUCAGAUUUUUCUUCAGUUCAGAUUCUGUGAAAUAUUUAGAAACGUUCUGAUUUAAGCUCCUUUCAGGACUACGGCUUCAUCUCCAGAUGUCCAGUUUCCACAUCAGAACCUCGGUGUUUCUGUCUCUUCCAGUCAGGGUGUCUCCCACUGCUUGAGGACUUACAGUUUUCUGUCCAAUCAGAGCCCAGCGUGCAGAGAGUCACGCCCACACUCAUUCUCUCCCAGUAGAUUCCCAAACUGGACCUGGAGGCUGUUUAACUGGCCACACUCUCGGUACACAAAAUGUACAUUUGUGUCCACCAGGAGCUUCUGCUGCUCGGGUCAGAAUUAUUCUGAUACUACUUGUCACACAAUGACCGUUUGAGGCUAAAGUUCUUGGUUCUUAUUUCUGCCCUGCUGCCCAGAAAAGCAGGAGAUUACCGUGGCAACCAGUGACUCAGCAUUUUCAGUAGCUGCUUUGACCCCUUAAAGCCUCUCCUGUAAUAAACUGAAUUGUAGCCUUUGUCACGUGAAUCAGGUAACAUUCACCAGGUGUGCCGUGUAACCCCGCCCCCGGCUUCAGAUGAUUGGUUCAGCUGCUGAUCUGAUCAGAAGAAAGUUGAGCCAACACUGGAUCACUUUUCUCAAACUUGUUUCCAGUUGGAGGAAAAUCUAAAACUAGAAAUAAACCAGGGUCUGAAUUAAUAAAUAUGUUUUAAUUAUUUAUUUUGAAAUGAUGAGAUUUAUUGUCUUUGUUCUGGAGAUGAAGGGAAGUUUCUUAAUGUCCAGUUUUGAUCUCUUACAGCUUGUAAGAAAUAAAAUGGAGGAGAAAGAAAAAUAACAUCUGAUCUGCUAAAAACAAGAUCAGCUUUCACUCCAGAGCCACCAGGGGGCAGCAGAGACAGCCGGCUCUGGAGGAAAAUUACUGCAGGAGUUUAAAGGGAGAAGAGUGAAGUUUUCUGGGAAUGUUGAAACGGAUCAGCAGUUUUCUUCCUGCUCUGGACCUUUAGGAAUCAAGAUGUUCUGCUGAAUGUUUGUUCAAAUCUAACAAUAGAUCAUUUUAUUAUGUUUACCAGCAGCCUGUGUGAAGUUUUCUUCUGUUUGCACUAAAACUGUUGAUUCUGAAACACUUUAAACUUAUUUUUUGGGUUUAAGAUGUUGAUUUUAUUUAGUUGCGAACAUUCUGGAUUUUCUCUGAUUGUGAGGUGAUGUUUGCUUGUUUAAUCUGUCAUUUCUGCCUGCUGGGUGGGAUCAGCUGAGGUCAUUAACCCGUAGCGAUCAGAACAAGAUGUUCCCACUGUAGGAGGUGAGCUGAUCCACAGACCUAGCAUUUGGCCCUCAGGGGCCCAGAGCCUUAGAUUGGGAACCUCUUUAGAUACUGGACGUUUUGAAUGCUUCUGAUUUCCUGGAAUUGGUGGGAUAUUUGAAAGAUAUUUUAGUUUGUGGACUGAGCUCAGAAUAAAUUCGUAAUGAAACA